UCUUCGUCGUCUAUUGCGCGUGCCUUCGCUCGGUCGGUGGUGUCGGUAGAUCGGUUGGUCUGUAAAAAUACUUUUCCCCCAAAGAAGUUUCAUUUGUGUUUUUGACUGUUCGUCGUGCAGAACGAUUCUCCUGCGCUGCCACUUUGCUCUGCCCCGGGGACAAUAUGUUCCCUCUGUUCAUCUCCGUCAGCGUCUGUGAUUAUUGUGUGUAUCUGUGUUUGGGUUUGAGAGCAGGCGUGUAAUAUGCGCGAAAAGUUGUUUUCGGUACAUACAGCCUUUUCCACAGAGUCAAUUUUCCUGUUAACCGAAAACCUGACAAAAUAUAAUAGAAUACCAGAAAUAGAAAACCAAACAGCACUGCGGAGAGUGUGUAUGUUAGUUUCGGUGUGCUGAUGUGUUGGUGUAUCUCUGUAAAUGUGCAUGUUUGUAUGUAUAUCAGCCUGUGUAAAUAUUCAAAAAUGCAAUGCAAAUGUUGAUUCUGCUGGUCGCCACUCAGCCGCCUCAGCUAGCAGUAGGUGAAAGUAAAGCGAUUUGUUUAAUUAAUUGCACACAGGCAAUUUUGCACAUAGUGGAGCGACCACUGUGGCAAGUGAUCCAAAAAGCCCUGUGGAGGCUGGCAUUUCAAUUGACUGACUAAUUACUUGGAUGGUCCGACAAGAAGUGGAGUGACCAGAGUUACGAGUUAUUAGAGUUACGUCCCGCUUCGGUUACAAUAGCAUUUGCGUGCCGUUGAAGAUCUGGAAUACCCGCCCGAAAUAUAGUAAAAGGAUAGAUUCAAAAAACCGAAAAAUGCAGCCGCUGGAACUCUGACACUUGAUCUCUACCCCCUGACUUUGGCUGAGAAAGAAUAACGAAACGACACACACACACACACUCAACAUGCCCACCCGCCACAAUUGGGAUACGGAGCGUGUGGGCGUGGCCCAUCUGGCUGGAGCUCUGAGUCCGCUUUGCAUAACCGAUGCCAAUCAUGAGAUAUUGCGGCCAAAGCCACGAAGACCUACUGGAAACGUGCCUAACAGUUUUGGACAGCACCCAGGGCCCAGUCAGAUAACUGGGCUCCCUCCACCGCUGUUGCAGCCACCACAGCAGCAACAGCAGUUGACUGCGCUCUCUCCACAGGGACCCCACAGCGGUCUGGCAGUGUCGAUGGCUACGCCAGGACCAAGGGUAUUCAAAGAACUAGCUCAGCACCCUAACAAGGGAGGAGGGCACAAGUUGGGUGUACCGGGAAGUCUUUCCGUGAGCCAAGCCCAUGUGCCUCUUCCCAGCCAGAUGACCUCCCCCGUUAAAGCCACCAAGGCCCUUAUUCCACAGAGAGCGGUGGCGGGUCCCGCUCGCCUCACAGUCCAGAGUACGCCCGUGAAGUCGCAGCCUCCGCAACUGAGUGGGAGUCUCAGCCAGACCUCGCCCAGCCGACCCACACUGGGUAUACCAACAGCGACCGCGAACAGUGGGAAUCUUCCGCCAGCCCGAUCGCACCAGCACGAUCAGUUCCGGGCACUGCAACGCGUACAGGAGUGCCAAAGCUCCUCGGACGAGAACCGCAGCUCGGGCCAUGCCAGCAUGUCGGACACUGGAGGCCACAGCUCCUCCCCGGCGGGAGGCAUGACCCUGGGCCCUCUACCCGAGGAUCGGCUGGCGGCUGGAGUGACCAAUCGGAGCACCCGAUCGCGACGCCAUCGGGGUAUACUGCCGGCGGGAAAAGCGCCCUGGAGCGGCACGGGCCUGGAGGACAUCAAGCUGGCCAUGCUCACACUCCGCUCCCAGACAAGCAGCAGCACGUACAGCAGCCUCAGUGCGGGAUCGGAGAGCUCGGAACCCGCCAGGCGGCUGGGCCGCUACUCCUCCCUGGAGACGGUGAUCACCAGCACGAGUGCCGACGAGUUCGUGUGGGUGGACUCGCACAACCGCCUCGUGGAGCUGCAGCAUCCGCCGUGGAGCCAGCAGUGCAUCAUUCGGGUGCUGAGGGGCGGCCGCUGCAAGCAGCAGGCGGAGCACAUGGCCGUGGAGGUCGUCUCGAGGUUGGGCUACCUGCUGCAGCGGGCUCUGGUGAGAAUUGCGCGGGAGAUCCAGCGCUUCUCGGCGGGACUGGGAAUGUGCUCAAAGCAGGAGGUGGCUGGUGCCUUCCGCGUGGUGCUCUGCUCAACUCUGGCCGACUCCUGCACCAAGGCCUGCUUGCGGGCUGCCGCCAUGUUCGCCGUGCCGGGCGAGAGUGCGCUGAAGCAGAGCAAGUCCUCGCGAGCAGGGCUCCAGUUGUCCGUCGGCCGCUUCUACCGCUGGAUGACCGACGCUCGACUUGGCAAGUUUAUCCACGAAUAUGCCGCCGUAUAUCUCUGUGCGGGGAUCGAGAAUCUGCUCGAGGAGAUCAUGCUGCAGUGCAGCAACGGCAGCACGGCGGCCGCCCUCGACCAAAGCAUCGCCAGCUCUGGUGACGUUUGGGGUUUGCUGCAGCCGUUCGCCCAUCUCAAUGCGGGACGCAUUGCCUCCGGUGCUCUGACCAUGCCCUGCUGGGCCAGUUCCUCCUCCCUGGCCACCUGCGUGGGCAGCAUCCGGGAGCUGAAGGAGAAGGCCCUACGUACCCAGCAGGAGUUUCAGCUGACCGCCGCCCUCUCGGGCUCCGCCCUGGCCGCGCUCUUCUACUUCAUGCGCUGCUCUCAGCUGGAGCACACGGAGCUGCUGGCCGCCUCUGGAUCCGGAUCCGGAUCUAUAUCGGGAUCUGGCCAAGCCGCUCCAGUGUUACCCAAUAACAGCCAUCAUGUCCAGGAGCUGUGCUAUGAGCGGGCCUAUGUGGUCCUCCCCCCACUGGCCGAAUGGCUGAGGGUCGCCUCAGCCCAUGCCGACCAUCGCAGCGCUCUGAUGAUCGACAAGGAUGAUGUGAUGCAAGCAGCCCGUCUCCUACUCCCGGGCGUCGACUGCCCCAUCCGCCCCGUGGCCCACGACGAGGAGCUGCCCACCAAGAAGACGCACUUCAAUGCGGGCUCCAGCAGCUCCACGGGAACGGGCACAGGAACAGGCAGCAGCAGCUCCAGUUCCCCGGUGGUCAGUGGAAUUGGGAUUGGGAUUGGGAUUGGCGAGGAUACCUCAGAGCUGGGCAGGCGAGCCACCAUUGGAGUGGCCUUCAAGCUGCUUUUGACUGGCCGAGCUGAGCUGCUGGCUCAGGCUGCCCAACUGCUGCCGCCCACAACCCGCUACGACACACAGAACAGCGCUGGCCUGAGUGCCCUUAUGGUUGCCAGCAUCCGUAACGACGAGGUGGCCCUGCACGCGCUCCUGGACGCUGGCUGCGAUCCCAAUGUGGAGGUCCCGCCCGUCGGCAGCGCUGGCUAUCCAGCCAUACUGCCGGACACGCAGCACUGGACGGCACUGAGCUUUGCUGCCAGUCGGGCCAAUUACGUGGCCUUGAGGAUUCUGCUGGAGCGGGGCAGCAAGGUCGAAGGCGGGGCUCGCAACAGCGAGGAAAAGUGUACCCUGACGCCGUUGCAGUUGGCCGCGGGCACGGGCAACCUAGAGAUCGUGGCCCUCCUGCUGGCACAUGGGGCGAACGCCUUCCUCUCCACCCAGCAGAAGGACUCACUCUGCUUUGCAGGAUCGGCGCAGAAGGGUUGCUUCUGUGCCAUCUCCGUCGCCGCAGCCCAUGGCCAUCGUUCGUGCCUGCGCAAGCUGCUCACCCAUCCCGUGCUGCCUGGCACUCGGGAUGUCCUCUCGCUGGAGGAAAUGCUGGCCGAGGGCGAUGUGGCUGGCGUAAGAGGCGGUCCCGGCAAUGUCCCCCCCAAUGCCAAUAGCGAGGACAUUCUACCAUUGCUCAACAAGACGCAGAUCAAGCGACUCCAGGAGGCCAUGUACCACAGUGCCGAAAACAACCAUCUGGACAUAACCAUAGAGCUUCGCAAACUGGGCGUGCCUUGGACUCUCCACUGCUGGAUGCAUGCCCUGUCCGCUGCACACGAGCUGCGGCUGGAUGCUGUGAUCGACCAACUGCUGCAGGACUUCCUCCAGGUAUGCCCGGACGACUACAGCGCUCAGUUCGUGAGCGAGUGCCUGCCGCUGCUGUUCAACAUAUUCCGAAACAAGAAUGAGGGCACUACCCUGCUGCUGGCGGACAUAUUUGCCACCUGCUUUGGCUGGGAGACGCUCCAUCCGGUGAAGGAGCAGCCGCAGAUGCAACCAGUCCAGGGCUCCCGCAUAGAUCCCAAAUUUGUGAACAACCCGGAGCUGAGCGAUGUCACAUUUAGGGUGGAGGGCAAGAUCUUCUAUGGGCACAAGAUUGUCUUGGUCACAGCUUCGCCGCGCUUCCAGAGCAUGCUUAGCUCCAAAUUGAGCGACGCCAGUUCCACGCCCACGGUCCAGAUCAACGAUAUUCGAUAUCACAUCUUCCAGCUGGUCAUGCAGUUCCUCUACAGUGGUGGAUGCGGCUCUUUAGACGCCUCCCAUGGAGACGUCCUCGAGCUAAUGGCGGCAGCCAGUUUCUUCCAGCUGGAGGGCCUGCUCCGAUACACUGAGGCUCGCUGCUCCGAAAUGGUUGAUGUGGACAAUGUGGUGGCCAUGUACAUCCAUGCUAAGGUCUACAAUGCCCAUCGUUUGCUGGAGUACUGUCAGUGCUUCCUGCUUCAGAAUAUGGUGGCUCUACUUACCUACGAUGACUCCGUGAAGCGGCUGCUGUUUGCCAAGAAGAUACCCAAUCAUGACGUCCUCGCUGGCCUUCUGCAGACCCUGCAAAAUCGCCUUAAGACCCGCAAACCCAAUUCUGGUGGUGGCCUGGUCAACUCCUAUCGAUCGCCCCCGGCCACGCCCGUCAAGAAGUAACCCCCCAAGUUGCCCCAUGACAUAAUCCAAUUCGUAUUUAUUGCAUUGUUUUUAAUUUAAUCUUUGAGCUUUUAUGUAUUAUAAUAAUUCCCAGCCGGAUCCAGAUCCUCUUCUGCAAGACUAUAUCCUAGUUGUAUUUUUUUGUAUUCUCAAUUUGUUCAGCGCACUGUUAACUUAUACGAACCCCCGGAUCGCCAAGGAGCCGAUCCUCUAGCAUUAUUUUGUAGUUGAAAUUGUUUCUGCAUUAAAUGAAGAACGUAACCUCUUAC